CAUGUCCAUGCUGCCCACCUUCGGCUUCACGCAGGAGCAAGUGGCGUGCGUGUGCGAGGUGCUGCAGCAGGGCGGCAACAUCGAGCGGUUGGGCCGCUUCCUGUGGUCGCUGCCCGCCUGCGAGCACCUCCACAAGAAUGAAAGCGUGCUCAAGGCCAAGGCCGUGGUGGCCUUCCACCGCGGCAACUUCCGCGAGCUCUACAAGAUCUUGGAAAGCCACCAGUUCUCGCCACACAACCACGCCAAACUCCAGCAGCUGUGGCUCAAGGCGCACUACAUCGAGGCGGAGAAGCUGCGCGGGCGGCCCCUGGGCGCUGUGGGCAAGUACCGCGUGCGCCGAAAGUUCCCGCUGCCGCGCUCCAUCUGGGACGGGGAGGAGACCAGCUACUGCUUCAAGGAGAAGAGUCGCAGCGUGCUGCGCGAGUGGUACGCACACAACCCCUACCCGUCACCCCGCGAGAAGCGAGAGCUGGCGGAGGCUACCGGCCUCACCACCACGCAAGUCAGCAACUGGUUCAAGAACCGGCGGCAGCGCGACCGGGCGGCCGAGGCCAAGGAAAGGGAAAACAGCGAGAACUCCAAUUCCAACAGCCACAACCCUCUGGCUUCCUCGCUCAAUGGCAGCGGCAAGUCGGUGUUAGGCAGCUCUGAGGAUGAGAAGACGCCGUCGGGGACCCCAGACCACUCGUCGUCUAGUCCGGCGCUGCUGCUCAGUCCACCGCCACCCCCCGGGCUGCCGUCCUUGCACAGCCUGGGCCACCCUCCUGGCCCCAGCGCCGUGCCGGUGCCCGUGCCCGGCGGAGGCACAGACCCCUUGCAGCACCACCAUGGCCUGCAGGACUCCAUCCUCAACCCCAUGUCGGCCAACCUCGUGGACCUGGGCUCCUAGAGCUCUGCCGCCUCGGCGUACCGGCCUUCCAGGCUCGGCGCUGGGGACCUGAGAGAGGCGGUGCGGGAGGGCGCUCUGCGCGGGCGAUCCCAUCAGGUAUUGAAAGACGGGCGCGCAGGGCGGGUAGAACCUGCGGCUAGGCGAAGCGGACUGCGCUGGGUCCUUCCUUGUUCGGAAUUUAUUUCCAGCACCUAGCUUUUGAGAUCCUUUGGGGCCGGUCUUCAGACAGAGAAAGGAAUAAAUUAUACACCAUUCUUUCUCUCUUCUCCUCCUCUCGCCCCUCCUUUGCCUCCUCCUCUUCCCCGCUUUCUUUCUUUUUUUCCUGUUUCCUUCUAGAUUUCUGUAUUUCUGGUUCGUUCUCUCUCCUGUCCCGCGGUCUCUUGCACUCUUUGCUGCCUCUUAAUCUGUAACCUCAGCCUUUCUGCUCCUCUCAGCCCUUACUUUCCCCUGUCGGGGAGGAAGAAGGAAGUCAGGGCCUUUGACCCUAGGCCUCCAAAGGCUCUUCCCGAGGGCUCUGUCCCAUCAGUGGGCGCUGCAGGUGUCAGCUUUUUGCCUCCUAAUUUAAGUGAAAGGAAGGGGCGAUGCCCCAUGCCCCGCAUUCCCCGAAGGCGAAGGCCGGGCCGCCGGCACCCCCCUGCGACCCUGGGCGAGGC